AUGACCCAAUCCGACGGUAUAAUAAAACCAAAGACCAAGCGCGCCAAGCGCUUCCUGGAGAGCCGAGCACCCAAACUGGCAGAGGAUGGUAAGAGCGCCAUGAUCAUGAAAGGAGGAAACGCCAAUCAAACUGUCACCCAGGCUCUCAAGGACAUAUAUUCCCUGAAAAAGCCCAAUGCUGUUCUUUACAAAAAGAAGAACAUCACAAGACCUUUUGAGGACUCUACAUCAUUGGAAUUUUUCUCCAAGAAGACGGACUGUUCUCUGUUUUUGUUUGGUUCCCACAACAAGAAGCGACCAAACAACCUUAUAUUUGGGCGUCUAUUUGACUUCCACGUGCUGGAUAUGUUUGAACUGGGAAUUGAGAAGUAUGUCUCCCUGAGUGAGAUUAAGAUAAGUAAAUGUCCCGAGGGGACCAAACCAAUGCUCGUGUUUGCUGGUGAACCGUUCGAAAUGGACAACGAGUACAAACGUCUCAAAAGUCUGCUUAUUGACUUCUUCAGGGGUCCUUGUGUGUCUGCCGUCCGAUUGGCAGGCUUAGAACAUGUUUUGCACUUUACUGCUGUGGAUGGCAAAAUAUUCAUGCGCAGUUACAGGUCUUUGUUGAAGAAGUCAGGCUGCAGGACACCACGCAUUGAACUGGAAGAGAUCGGGCCAUCGUUUGACUUUGUUUUAAGAAGAACACACAUUGCCUCAGACGACUUGUAUAAGUUAUCUCACAAGCAGCCAAAGGCUCUAAAGCCCACGAAGAAGAAGAAUAUUUCCCACGAUGUAUUUGGCACCAAGUUUGGCCAAGUGCACAUGCAGAAGCAGGAUCUGUCCAAGCUUCAAACACGGAAGAUGAAAGGUCUUCGGAAGCGAAAGGGUGAUGUGGUCGAUGGUGGGGAACGGGAGGGAGGAUCUUCCAAAGUGGCCAAAAUGGAGAGUUGA